AUGGUUACUCCACCAGAGAAAGCAAUCGAAAGAUACAUCGAUGGUCUACCCGAUUCUAUGAUGGAUAUUGUGACUGCUGUUAAUCCUACUACCCUUCGCCAAGCAAUCGAAUUGUCUGCUACCCUAACUGAAUCCCAAGUCAGAAAGGCUUUAAACAGUAUUCUAUUCAAAAUCAAAAUGUUGCUAAACUUACUCUUUAUUCUUUUUAUAAUUUUUUCUUCAUCCCUCACUGCUUCUGCUUCAAAAUCAGAAGCUGCUUAUGCUUUGCUCAAAUGGAAAGCCAGCCUCAUAAACCAAAACAAUCCCUUGUUAUCUUCAUGGUCCCUUCAUCCUACCCGUAUAAACCAAACCACGAGUAUUGCACCAUGCACCUGGUAUGGUGUUCAUUGCAAUGAUCGUGGGGGUGUAAUCAAAUUCAAUCUUUCUACUUCUGGAUUAAACGGUACACUUCAAAACUUCACCUUUUCGUCUUUCACUAGUCUAGCACAUCUAGAGCUUAGACAAAAUGAUAUUUUCGGACCCAUCCCGGUUGAGAUCAGGCGUCUUUCCAAUCUGAUGUUUCUUGAUCUUUCGUGUAAUCGCUUUUCUGGAAAAAUUCCUUCAGAAAUUGGAAUGUUAACGAAUCUUGAGACCCUUUCAUUGCAUAGUAAUACUCUUAAAGGUAAUAUUCCUGUUUCUUUAGGAAAUUUGAGCAAGUUGGGUUAUCUUCGUGUCGAUGAUAAUAAGUUAUCAGGUUCUAUACCUCUAGAACUAGAAAACUUGUACAAUCUCGUGAAGGUCAAUAUUAUUAGAAAUAAGUAA